CUAUUAUUGUUUCUUUUUCUACUUUGCAUGAGGAGUAGUGCAAGGAAGGAAUAAUAAUUAAUAAAGAAAGAAAGAAUGACAGGGUCAUCGAGAAAAGGACGCGGGUACAUGGAUGAAGGAAGUAUCCAUGGAAGAAAGUACGGAAAGUUAAAGAAAGACGAGUUCGAUGGUUACAACUCCGAUAGCCAUCCAAGAAAAAACAACCCCAUCACAUUGGACGCGCCUCAUUUGGAUCCUCAAAUGGAAGCAGACAACGCUCCCUACGACCCUUCCCUCUCUCCCUUAUCCAAAUCUCCAUGGUCCUCUCACACGAACGAUGACGCUUUUUCCGGCUCUAACGAAAAUGACGCUCUCGUGGGCUCCCUUGUCCGCGAAGAGGGUCACAUUUAUUCCCUCGCUGCAACCAAGGACUUGUUAUACACGGGUUCCGACAGCAAGAACAUCCGCGUGUGGAAGAACCAGAAGGAGUUCGCGGGGUUCAAAUCCAACAGCGGCUUGGUGAAAGCCAUUGUAAUUGCCGGAGAGAAAAUCCUCACAGGACACCAAGACGGAAGGAUCAGGGUUUGGAAAGUGUCGGGGAAAAACGAGCAACAACACAAGCGCGUGGCGACGCUGCCAACGCUGAGAAACUACAUCAAAUGUUCCAUGAAACCGAGCAACUACGUGGAAGUGAGACGGCACCGUAACGUAAUAUGGAUCAAACACUACGACGCUAUUUCCUGCCUCAGUUUAACGGAGGAUCAUUCUCUCAUAUACUCCGCCUCGUGGGACAAGACUUUUAAGGUUUGGCGAACAUCGAAUUUCAAGUGUUUGGAGUCCGUUAAGGCGCACGACGACGCCGUUAACGCGCUUGUUGUGGGGUUGAAUGGUAUGGUUUUCACGGGGUCCGCUGACGGCACCGUUAAGAUUUGGCGGCGCGAGGUUCAGGGGAAGGGGACGAAGCAUUUUUUUUCGCAGACGCUGUUGAAGCAGGAGUGUGCGGUGACGUCGCUAGCGAUAAAUGAAGAGGGGAAUGUUCUAUACGCGGGUUCCUCUGAAGGGUUGGUGAAUUAUUGGGUUCAUGAAACGAAUUUGGAGCAUAAAGGGGUUUUGAGGGGACACAAGUUGGCGGUGCUGUGCUUGGCUGCGGCGGGGAGUUUGGUGUUCAGCGGGUCUGCGGACAUGGCGAUAUGCGUGUGGAAGAGGACGCUGAGUGAGGAGCACACGUGCGUGAAAAUUCUGUCGGGGCACACUGGGCCUGUUAAGUGUUUGGCGGCGGAGAAGGACCCUGAAGCGAUGUGUAACGAGAGAAGGUGGAUUUUGUAUAGUGGGAGUUUGGAUAAGUCGGUGAAGGUGUGGAAAGUGUCGGAGAAUAUUAAUGCGGGUGCGCAGAACAACAACCACCAGCCACCGAGGCUUAGUGUUGAUCAGUUCCCCAGAGUGUCUUCCUUAAGGAAAAUGGGGUCAAGGAGAUACUAGCUGUGUGCACAAGAGAAUAUAUAAUCAUAUCACUCACCGUUUUAAAUUGUGGGUUAUAGUGAGUCAAAAAAUAUGUCACUGAUGCCAUCUUAAUGCAAUUCUGGAGUUUAAAAUAUGUUGAUGUUGCGGACUGUAAGUUAAAACCAUGAUACUACUCAUUGGUUUGGGUUUCAUUUGCUAGGUUGUUGGUGGUGUAUAUAUGUUUCGUGUUCAAGUGUGUGUAAUAUGUAUUGAUACAUUAAUGAGUUAGAGGAGGAAUGUAUACCUCUUGACUUCUAACAAUUGUUUGUAAAUGUUUUGGAUACCA